GGAAGCUAUGACGGCGGAGAAGAAUCAACGAUACCUUAUGGUGCUAAUGCGUACAAAGAUCUGCGGCAUCGACCUCAUGAAACUGAUAACACCCGAGAAGGAGGCUGUGGAUUGGGAAAAUCUACCUCCGUUACCCUUCGAUUUCAGCAUGGAUCUUCCACUUGGCCGCACGUUCGCUUUGGAGUUGGAUUCCAAGAUUCAUCUCGUUGGAGGUCUCAAAUAUAUGUCCAGCUAUGAUUAUUCUUUUGAUCAUGCUUUCUAUACUCCUUGCAAUAAAGUCUACGAACUAGACCUUGACAAGAAGGAGGUAGAGGAGUCGAAAUCAAUCGAUGAUGCUCCAGAGUUAUCUGUUUCCGGGUUCUCUACUCUUCACAAAAUCGAAAGUGAUUAUUAUUUUAUGUUGAUGUGUGGUCGCGGUGGUUUCCUACCCGACAAUGAUGCUCAGAAUUUUUGGGUUCUACGCUCUGGGACCAAGGUUUGGGAACACUUGCCUGAUGCUCCUGAUCUUCCUGGCUACCAUUCCAGAAUUGAUCACAGUUCAUGGUUCGACUUCUAUGGUAAGCUAUACAUCCGACUCUGUUUCGAAGAUGGAAGAGUUGUCGUCUUCUCUUAUGACACCCAUAACCUACAUUGGACAACGAGUGAGGGUGACAAUAGUUUUACGCGUUCUUUUUGUGUCCCAGUGGCAUCCGAUGGCCAGCGUCGGUUCUUUCUUCCAAGGGUGCAUAUUCCAGAUUUGGUUGAUCCUGGCAAAUACCUGGCACUUUCAUGCGAAUGCAUUGAAGGGAAAAAAAGGAUAUAUGCAUUCCAGGUGGAUGAAUUGGGUGUCCUUUUCUUCCAAAGGCUUGAAGGCUGCUUAGAUAGAAUGCCGUCCUUGUAUGAUGAGAAAACGCCUGUGCUUGUUGAUCUUGAUGGCAAAGGCAAGUUUAUUGUUAUGGUACCUGGCUCUGCAAAGGAAGAAAAAGAGGACCAGGUCCUCUUUGUGUUGGUUCUUCAGGUUGUUCCAAAGAAGUUUGUCAACCAUCCCUCCCGGGUCCUCCGUAGGUCUGUGAGGUCCCCAACGGAGUGUGCGUUCUUAGAUUGGAAGGUCCUUAGCAUGCACAUGUACAGCAUGGAGGUCUCGAGUUGGGGAAUAAGAGAUGAUUUGUAUGCUGUCUUUAUUUUCCCUGGCAUCCAGUGGGAAGAAGAGAAUGCCCAGGAGGUCAAAUAGGCAAAUUUGAAUUUCGAAAAGAUUCCUGUUACAUAUGCUGGGGGUGUGACUGUAAUGGACUAUUUAGAGAGGUUAAAGAUGGCGGGGAUGGAGCGCGUGGAUGUCACCGUGGGAAGUGCAUUGGACAUUUUUGGGGG